CGGCAGGGGCUGGGGAGAGGCCGGGGCGCGUCCGUCAGCGGCGUCUCCAUCUGUUCGGCGGGGGCCAUGGCGCGCCGCGCCUGAGAGCCGGUGACUGGGGCACAGGCGGGCGGGGGCAGCCGGCGGCAAUCGAGCCCGGCGGAAAAUGGAGGGGCCGUCGGGCUGCGCGGAGCAGCCGCUGCUUACAGUCACGCACGAGCUGAAGAACGCAAAUUUGACAGGCCAUGCAGAGAAGGUGGGAAUUGAAAACUUUGAACUCCUGAAAGUUCUUGGAACAGGAGCCUAUGGAAAAGUGUUCUUAGUGAGGAAAGUAAGUGGCCAUGACGCUGGAAAGCUUUAUGCCAUGAAAGUAUUGAAAAAAGCAACAAUAGUUCAAAAAGCCAAAACAACUGAGCAUACAAGGACGGAACGACAGGUACUGGAACAUAUUAGGCAAUCGCCAUUUUUGGUCACAUUGCACUAUGCUUUCCAGACAGACACAAAGCUUCAUCUCAUUUUAGACUACAUAAAUGGAGGAGAACUUUUUACUCACCUUUCACAAAGAGAGAGAUUUACAGAAAAUGAGGUGCAGAUAUACAUUGGAGAAAUUGUAUUGGCACUUGAACACCUACACAAGUUGGGGAUUAUAUAUCGGGAUAUAAAACUUGAGAAUAUUCUUCUUGAUUCUAAUGGCCAUGUGGUGCUGACAGACUUCGGCCUGAGUAAGGAGUUUCUUACUGAUGAAAAUGAGAGAGCAUAUUCCUUUUGUGGGACAAUAGAAUACAUGGCUCCAGAUAUUGUCAGAGGUGGAGAUAUCGGACAUGACAAGGCAGUUGAUUGGUGGAGUCUUGGUGUUCUUAUGUAUGAGUUAUUAACUGGAGCAUCGCCUUUUACAGUUGAUGGAGAGAAAAAUUCCCAAGCUGAGAUUUCUAGGAGAAUAUUAAAAAGUGAACCUCCAUACCCCCAAGAGAUGAGUGCUUUAGCUAAAGAUUUGAUUCAGUGUCUUUUGAUGAAAGAUCCUAAGAAAAGGCUGGGCUGUGGUCCAAGUGAUGCUGAUGAAAUCAAACAACAUGCUUUCUUUCAGAACAUAAACUGGUCUGAUUUAGCUGCCAAAAGAGUACCAGCCCCAUUUAAACCAGUAAUUCGGGAUGAAUUGGAUGUUAGUAACUUUGCAGAAGAGUUUACAGACAUGGAUCCCACGUAUUCUCCUGCAGCCACGCCACAGACUUCAGAAAAAUUAUUUCAGGGUUAUUCUUUUGUUGCUCCUUCUAUUUUGUUUAAACGCAACGCGGCUACAGUAAAUCCUAUUCAGUUUCAUAUGGAAGAUGAACGACCUGGCGUUACAACUAUUGCUAGAAGUGCUAUGAUGAAGGACUCUCCAUUUUAUCAUCAUUAUGAACUGGAUCUGAAAGAGAAACCAUUGGGAGAAGGAAGUUUUUCCAUCUGUCGAAGGUGCUUACACAAGAAAACUAGCCAAGAAUAUGCAGUAAAAAUAAUUAGUAAAAGAAUGGAAGCAAACACGCAGAGAGAAAUAACUGCUUUGAAGCUCUGUGAAGGACAUCCCAAUGUAGUGAAGUUGCAUGAAGUUUUUCAUGAUCAGGUUCACACAUUUCUAGUAAUGGAACUGCUGAAAGGGGGAGAAUUGCUUGAACGUAUUCAAAAAAAGAAGCACUUCAGUGAAACAGAAGCCAGUUAUAUUAUGCGCAAACUUGUUUCAGCUGUGAGUCACAUGCAUGAUGUGGGAGUAGUCCAUAGAGAUCUGAAGCCUGAGAAUUUAUUGUUCACAGAUGAAAGUGACAAUUCAGAAAUAAAAAUAAUUGAUUUUGGGUUUGCUCGGCUAAAACCACCUGAUAACCAGCCUCUUAAGACUCCAUGUUUUACCCUUCAUUAUGCUGCCCCAGAGCUCUUCAAUCACAGUGGUUAUGAUGAAUCCUGUGAUCUCUGGAGUUUGGGAGUCAUUUUGUAUACAAUGCUAUCAGGACAGGUGCCUUUCCAGUCUCAAGAUAAAAGUUUAACGUGCACCAGUGCAUUGGAAAUUAUGAAGAAAAUUAAAAAGGGGGAGUUCUCCUUUGAAGGAGAAGCCUGGAAGAAUGUCUCUCAAGAGGCCAAAGACUUGAUACAAGGACUUCUUACAGUGGAUCCGAAUAAAAGAAUUAAAAUGUCCAGCUUGAGAUACAACGAAUGGCUUCAGGAUGGCAGCCAGUUAUCAUCCAACCCUCUAAUGACUCCUGAUAAUUUAGGGUCUUCAGGAGCUGCCGUACAUACAUACGUCAAAGCCACUUUUCAUGCUUUUAACAAGUACAAAAGGGAAGGAUUUUGUCUCCAGAAUGUUGACAAGGCACCUCUUGCAAAAAGAAGGAAAAUGAAAAAGACAAGUACAAGCACAGAGACACGUAGCAGCUCCAGUGAAAGUUCACAUUCUUCCUCCUCUCAUUCUCAUGGUAAAACUACACCUACAAAGACACUGCAGCCAACAAAUCCUACAGACAGCAAUAACCCAGAAACCAUCUUCCAAUUCUCUGAUUGAGGAGCAGGGAAAUGUCCUAUCUCCAAGAAUUAAGUGGUGAAAACUUGGUAAUACGUGUGCCCCUUUGUCAUGGAGGGAUAACAGAUAUGUUUUGUUGCUUUUAACAAUUAAUUUCAGCUCUAUGUUUUUAGCUUUCUAUUUCAAGACAUAUGGUUGUAGUACUUGUUCAUGAAUACUGGGUAUGGUGUAAGAGUUAUUGUACAACCAACACUGUGCUCUCCUAAGGCUAA